CUGCCGAUGUAAUGGUGAAACGUUUGACAGUUCUAAAACUGUUUUCGACCAGCAGUUUAAUUUUAGCCACAGUGGAGGGCCGGCUUCGAUCAGAAUGUCCAGAUGCCCACAACCAGACGCCGCAUACGCGGCGGCGUGUUCAGAACAGACGCUGUGCAGCGCGGCCCGAGGGUUCCUGCGCGCUUUGCUGCCAGAGCUGGCUGCUAUACCGACGCCAGAGUGGUUAAGUGGUCUCGAACCUUUGAAUGAUGCGGGACGGCUGCAAGCGUGUAGGGAUCAUAAUGAGUUAAUGGAAGCCGUCCGAGAAGUGGUGUCUCGGGUCGCGCCCGUCUACCGCGGGAAAGACGCCCGUCUGUCCAGAGAGAAAAGGAGAGCUGCAGAACUCGAGCUGAAGGAGGAUGACGAGGACGCUAUAGAGAGGGCGCUGGCGAUGGCUAGCGAGGCUGUGUUGAAGGCACCCACUACUGAUGAUGACGAAGAAGCAACCCUAGCCCUGGCUCUCUGGACCCGUAGCGCUAUCCUGCUCGCUCACCCGCGCCGGAAAGGGACGGCAGCGCUCGCGGACCUGCGGCUGGCGCUGCGCUCGCGCCUGCCCGCGAAGAUGCGCGCGCAUUAUUACUGGCGGACCGGGCACUGCUACAGAGACUGCGGUGAACCCACUCGUGCGAAGGUGUCCUACGAGUUGGCGCUGCGUCUGCUCCGGGCCGAUGACAACACGUCGAGGGAGCGACUCCAGAAGGACUUGGAUUCAUUGGACUUUAGCCAGCAGGCGCCUGAGUCUGCUGCAAAAGUGCCAGAAAUAAAUCUCGUCGGUGGCUGCAAACCAAACAUGCCAGCACUUUCAAAACAUGUCAAGAUCGUCGAAGAAGAAGGAAAGGGCCGUUUCGCAGCAGCCAGAGCGCCCCUACACCCGGGUGACGUCGUUCUGGCUGAGAGCCCGUACGCGGCAUGCCUGCUGCCAGACCAUCUGGGAACACAUUGUCUACACUGCUUUACCAGACUAUCCCUCUGUGUGGAAGAGGCGCCAGUGUGGUGCCCGCGCUGCGCAGGCGUGGCUUUCUGCUCCUUAAGCUGCAGGGAGAAAGGCAUGGUGUAUCAUGAGCAUGAGUGCACCUUCCAGGAUCUAUUCAUUGGCUCAGGCAUGUCAAUUCUCAGCCACAUCGCCCUCCGCAUGGUCACACAACUCGGCCUCCCCGGGACCCUCGACGUGUAUACACGUCACGUCUCCGGCGACGUCCCGCUGGCCCACGAUGAUAUAGAUGGCAAGAAAUCCAAGAUGAAGUCGAGGAAGGAACGGCUGAACAGGAGUAAGAAGGGGCUGAAGAUGGUUGAGGAGGAGAAGUGCGAAAAUGAGGAUAAUUUGGAACUGAAGACGGCUCAGAUAUACUCCCUCUGUACGCAUUCGGAGCAGAGACCUGGAGAAGAUUACGUGAAGAGAAUGGUGGUCGCCGUGUUCCUGACCGAAUGCCUUGUGAAGAGCGGCUUCUUCAGCUCAGUGGCUGCUGAUGACCUGGAAAAUGCCCGUUGGUCAGUAACAGCAGUCAUCAUACGCAACCUCCAACUCCUUCAGUUCAACGCCCACGAAGUCUUCGAGACGUUACGAAGUGGCGAUGGGACGGGAGAAGGACACCUCUUCAGGGGGGCCAGAGCGCAACAUAUCGCUGUGGCUAUAUACCCUACAGGCGCGCUGUUUAACCACGACUGCUUUCCUGCUGUGGCCAGAUACUUCAUCGGCCGCCGCCUAAUCCUGACGUGCACGCGCCCCCUCCCCCCCGAAGCCCCCGUCUCCGAGUGCUACGGGCCCGCGGCCGCGCUGCGCCCUGUGACGUCACGCCGGCGCGCACUCGCGGCUCGCUAUUGGUUCACUUGCUCGUGUGCCGCGUGCGAGCGCCCGAGCGCCUGGCCGACUAUGCACGAGGGCGGGGACCCGCCGCUAAGAUGUCCAACGCCAGAAUGCUCUGGCAUGUUGUCAGGGUGCCGGCAGACGGUUAAGCAAGGUGCCCGCUGUUCGACGUGUGGCGUCACUUUUGACGCUGCGACGCUUGAGAAGAGGAUAGACGCUAUUGAGGAUUGUCACAAGCUGUUUCAGGAGGGUGCAAAACUAAUGGACGACCAACAGGUGUCCGAAGCCAAAUCCGUGCUCUGCGAAGCUCUGGAUCGCUACCACGAGUUCGCGGCGGCGCCUCGUCGACCCGCCUACCUCGCUCACGAAGCGUUGAGAGCGCUUCUCACUUCCGCUGGCAACUCUCACCUGGUCAAAGUGAAGGAUGAGAAGGCUGAGCAGAAUUGAGCAAGGCAUAGAAGCACACGUUUACAAAUAUGUUCCCAUACCACAGUAUAAUAAAGAGUACUAUCGUGCCCAUACGUACCAUAAAGGAAUAAGUGAGGGAAGAUUUGUAACUCCAUACAUUAGUAAAUACGAGUUAUUUGUAUAGGCAUAGUUAAGUGACAUCUAGCGACGUGAAUAAUCAGUACCACUCGAUACUAGGUGGCAACAGUGUCUCAUCU